GAUUAGAUAAAAUAAAGGCAAAAGCUUAAUGAGGGUGAUGGAAGAAGCCUCCCACGCAGUGUUCACUCGUGCCUAUAUAGGUAGCAUCACCUCUUGAACUGUUAUUCACCCUGCAAAUUCAGCUGAAACAAUCAAUGGCAAGAGCUUCAUCCAUUCUUAAACCCGUUCUUUUCUACCUGGUUGCUUUUUGCUCCAUCAUGCAAAUAGAUGGGGCACAGCUUAUUAUAGUGAACAACUGUGGGGAAAGUGUAUGGCCAGGGAUACUAGGUGGAGCAGGGCAGCAAACUCCAAAAGAUGGAGGAAUUCACCUUGGCAGUGGAGACCAAGCAGUGCUAGACUUCCCAGAAAAAUGGUCAGGAAGAAUCUGGGGCAGGCAAGGCUGCACCUUUGACACCAAUGGAAAUGGCCACUGCCUCACUGGUGACUGCAAUGGGAAACUCCAAUGCAGAGGCCAAGGAGGAGCCCCACCAGCAACAGUAGUUGAAAUGACACUUGGAACCUCCUCAUCUCCACUGCACUUCUAUGAUGUGAGCUUGGUGGAUGGAUUCAACUUGCCUGUUUCCAUGAAGCCUGUUGGAGGUGGGAUUGGGUGUGGUGUGGCUUCAUGUGAGGUGGAUUUGAAUGUUUGUUGCCCUUCUGCACUAGAAGUGAAGAGGAAUGGGAAAGUUGUGGGGUGUAAGAGUGCUUGUUUGGCCAUGCAAUCUGCUAGGUAUUGUUGCACUGGGAGAUAUUCUGACCCUAAAACGUGCAAGCCUACACUUUUUGCACAUCUGUUUAAGGCUAUUUGUCCUAAGGCUUAUAGUUAUGCUUAUGAUGACAUUAGCAGUCUUAACAGAUGCAGGGCUUCAAGGUAUGUAAUCACUUUCUGCCCUCCGCCAUAGUAACUGGCCGAGGUUGAGGUCGCGAUUGCAUAAUUUGCAGACAAAUGUGUUGAUGCAGCUACAAUUGCAAUCGCGAUACCGAUAGUAGUGCAGAAACUCCAAAAUCUUGUAGGUUGCGACCGCAUUUGGGGUUGACAUUGGUCAUAGGUAUAAGGAUGUAAAAGUGAAAUAGAAGCUUUUGUCAUAAAAAUGCAAAGACUAUCUUAUUAGUCAUUAGUAAAGACCUGUUUUCUAGAUAGUUUAGUAUUUUCCCCUGUAUUUAAUUGUCAUAAGUUUUUUUUUUGAAGUCUUUUCUUAUUCAUUUUGAAUAGUAAUUUUUCUUUCA